AUGGCCGACAGAGACGAGUUCUAUGUAGCUUUGCCCUCCAUAUUAACCGACCUGGAGCAAGGUCUUACUCGGAAAAGAGCGCCCAAAGCCCUCAUAAAUCGCUUUUUGACCUGUCUGCAAACCAACGUCAAAGGAGGGAAACUAAACCGCGGUAUUAUUGUCCUCGAGACAGGCCAUGGCCUACUACCUCGUCCCUUGACGGCGAUCGAAACUCGACAUCUCAUUAUUCUCGGUUGGCUCACCGAGUUCUUUCAGGCCGACGGUGUCGGGCUCAGUGCUAUCAACGACGCGUGUCUGAUCAAGUCUUCCAUCCAGGUGCUCCUGCGGCAGCACUUUGGCGAUCAUCCGGGCUACACUCAGCUGAUGGAGCUAUUUCACGAGGCUUCGUUCCGAACGGAGCUGGGCCAGCUCACUGAAAUGGCGACUGGCAAUAAAUGCAAUCUUGCUGAAAUGACAAUGGAGCGUUAUGUGUUCUUAGCAGAGAGCAAAACGGCCUUCUAUAGCUUCUACCUCCCCGUCGCGCUGGGCCUGCAGUAUCUCCAGCGCGCAACCGAGCAAACUCUCGCAACUGCGCAAGAGGUCCUGUUCCGUAUCGGAUGGUAUUUCCAGGUUCAGGAUGACUACCUUGAUGUGUUUGGAGACCCAACCCUUACGGGCAAGAUUGGGACAGAUAUCAGAGAGAACAAGUGCACGUGGAUCGCGCUGACGGCCUUUCAGCUCUGCAGCUCCGAACAGAAGGCUGUGCUUAGUCUCUGCUACGGAAGGCCGGACAUGGGGAAAGAGGCCAGAGUGAAAGAGAUUUUGUGCCAGGUGGAUAUCGAGGGCGUGUUCAGGAACUUUGAGACAACCGAGUUGGACAAUCUUGAGAAGCGAAUCGACCACAUUGGAGAAGAGCAUGGGCCUCUCAAGAAUAUUUUCAGAUCAGUCCUGGAGAAGAUUUCGCGGCGAGAUAAGUGA